AUUCCAGGGCAGUGAUUUUCAUGCUCUGAAAACCAGGACUGACACAUCUUGCAACUGUGUGUGUGUGGGUGUAAAGUUCUGUUGUCAGCCAUCACACACAUAAACUUCUUACAGACGAGAUCAGAGUUGCAGCUGAAGGACGGCAAGCUGAAUUUUACUGGAGGAACCUAAUAAGCGUUACAACAUGUGGGCGACAGACAUUGUCCUCCUGGUCGUCCUGGUCUCCUCAGCCUCAGCUGCCACCUCUGCAUCAAAAGACAAGGUCCUCAGUAACCAUGCUAACAUCCUGGCUAACAAUAGUGCAACCCUGGCUUUCAGCCUGUACCAAAAAAUGGCAAAGGACAAAAACACUGAGAACAUCCUCAUAUCCCCUGUAGUGGUGGCCUCCUCUCUGGGUUUGGUGGCGCUCGGUGGAAAAGCCUCCACUGCCUCUCAGGUGAAAACCAUUCUGAACGCAGCCAAAGUUAAAGAUGAGCAGCUGCACUCCGGCCUGGCGGAACUUCUCAGUGAGGUGAGCGACCCCAAGGCGCGAAAUGUCACGUGGAAGAUCAGCAACCGCCUGUACGGUCCCAGCUCUGUCAAGUUUGUGGACGAGUUUGUCAAGAACAGCAAAAAACACUACAACUGCGACAACUCCAAGAUCAACUUCAAAGACAAGAAGGGAGCCGUGAACGCCAUCAACGAGUGGGCCGCCAACUGUACAGACGGCAAACUGCCCGAGGUCACCAAGGACGUAGAGAAGACCGACGGGGCAAUGAUCGUCAACGCGAUGUUUUUCAAACCUCACUGGAACGAGCAGUUCCAUCAUAAGAUGGUGGACAAGCGUGGAUUCAUGGUGUCCCACGGCUACACAGUCUCAAUAGAGAUGAUGCAUCGUACAGGCAUCUAUGGUUUCCUUGAAGAUAAGACCAAUAAGCUGUCCAUCCUGAGCAUGCCUCUGGCUCACAAGAAGUCCACCAUGGUGUUCAUCAUGUCCAACUACGUGGAGUCUCUGGAGAGAGUGGAGAAGCUGCUGACUAAGAAGCAGCUGAAUACGUGGAUGGGCAAAGUGCAGCAGAUAGCAGUCGCUGUAUCUCUGCCCAAAGUCAGCAUGGAAGUCAGUCACAACCUGCAGAAACACCUCAUGGAGCUGGGCCUGACAGAGGCUGUGAACAAAUCCAAAGCGGACUUCUCUAAAAUUUCUGGGAAAAAGGAUCUCUAUCUGUCCAGCGUGUUCCAUGCCUCUGCCCUGGAAUGGGACACUGAUGGGAAUGAAAUGGACCUCAGUGUCUUUGGCACAGACAAGCUGAAAAACCCGAAACUGUUCUACGCUGACCAUCCCUUCAUCUUCCUGGUGAAGGACCAGAAGACAAACUCCAUCCUGUUUAUUGGCAGGAUGGUCAGGCCAAAGGGUGAAAAGAUGAGAGAUGAAUUGUGACCACGUGUUACGCCUUAGUGACAUCUGAGUGUGUGUGUUUGUGUAGAUGUUCUACUGCACUACGCUGAGAGAAACAGGAAAUUAAAUACAGUAGGUGCAUUCCCUUUGAUCCACGUCAACAACAUUCCUCCAAACAGGAAGUGCACACUCAUUUUUGUUUUUUUUGGCUGAAUAUUUCUUACUAUGAUGUUGUUAUGUAUUGGCACAUAAUGUUAUGGAUUGAAGACUUACAUUAAGUAUGAUUAAUGCCAAAAACAAAUGCUGUCUGUGCCAGAUUAAGAGUCUAACGUAAACAAUAGUCUUACAUUUGAAGAGAUUUCAUGUUGCUUCCUGUUCAGUAAGUAUAUUUACUGGUGUAAAUGUUAAAGUUGAUUGGUCUCUAAAACCGCAUUGCCCCACAAACCUUUUUAAGUCUUUUAUUAUUAUUAUUUAAACUCAGAAGCUAUAGAGUGCAGUAUUUCUUGGUACUCAUCUCGGCUGAAUGCACUGAUCUCCACUGGCAAACAUUUCACAUGAAGGCAGAUUGGGAAAAAUAUGUGUCUUCCCGGGAGCAUGUGCACACAUGAAUUUUGACGAAUACAAAUUGUGUGUGAAGGUUCUCAGUCAUCCCUAACCCUAACCCUCAUAGUCAUAUUCUGUGGUUGGCUGUGAGGCGACUGGACUUUGCUUAAGUUGAAGAUGUUUCACAUUCAGGGAAGACAGAUGGUUUGCAAGAGGAGAGAAGGAAACAAGGAAACCAAGACUUUUGGAUGAAUACAAAUUGUGUUUCUCAAUAAAAUGUGGAAAAAAGGUGUCAUCUUAA